AUGGGCGUUGGCUACUCAAAGACAAGCGCUGCUUCUGCCUUUGUGCUGCACAAUCCCACUGUGUCUUCGCUUGAUAUUCCUAUUCAGUUUUCUCCCAACCUGGUUAGGAAACUGCAAGGUGUUGAUGACCGGAUACUGCAUUCAUCUGCCGAGGAGGAUUACUCUUCUGAUGAUCUUGAUGCUAUUGUUCAAAAUCGUGUAAAAAAAGAACUAUCAUUUCAUCAACAGUCUCGUUUGAUCCAGGAACAGCGCUCUGUUGAGCAGGUCCGUCGCGAGGCUGAAGAUCUCAUUCGCAGACAAAACAAUAUUCCUAAAUUCGAACCAAAAGACGAGUAUCGCAUUGCCCAGGAUGAAGUCGUAAAGUGCUACAGGAAUAACCCCACUCGUGCACUUGACUGUUGGCAGCAGGUACAGACAUUCAAAGAUCUUGAAAAAAAGGCACUCAAGGAUUUUGUGGCCAGUGCUCAUUAG